GUUUUGUUCUCAACUUUGUUUUCCAUAAAGGACUAUAUAGACAACUUCUUGGUGCAAGAUUCUGAUUGAGCCAUUCCAGAAAAGCCUUAUAUUCCAUAAAGGUUUUCUUCUCCUAGCUGCAAGAAAGUGACAAUUUGUUGCAGGUGUAGUUGAGCAUCAUCAGUACUCCAUUCUAUAUCAUGAAUGUAUUUUGUUUCAUUGUGGUGAUAAUUGGAUCCAUUUGUCAUCGGGUUGCACCUGAAGCACAGGUUCACAAUGUGUUGAAUUAUGGUGCUCUUGGCUUUAACUUCUUUGAUAAUUCCCAUGCAUUCCUAGCGGCUUGGAAUGCAGCAUGCAAUGCAAAUACGGGAACUUCUAAAGUUGUCGUACCAGAAAACAUGGUUUUUUUAGUUUUUCCUGUGACUUUCCAAGGCCCGUGCAAACCCGAUAAGAUCAUAUUCACGGUAUCUGGGACGAUCUUAGCACCAAAUGGACCGAGCAUGCUGUUCUAUCGCGGCGCAACUCAAUGGCUGGUUUUUAAUGGUGUCAAAGGUCUCACUGUCGAAGGCAAUGGGCAUGUUGAUGGACAAGGAAAUUAUUGGUGGGGUCAGUCAUGUAAAAUCAGUCCUCAAUUGGAAGGAUGCACAUAUUUUGCUCCAACGGCUUUGCAAUUUGUCGGCUGCAAUGAAAGUCGGUUGAGUAACGUUCGGUUUACCAACAGUCCCCAAACGCAUGUACUCAUAAUGCAUUGCAACCAGUUUAGAGUUAACAAUCUCAACAUUCAAGCUCCUGACGAGAGCCCCAACACUGAUGGCAUCCACAUCCAAGCCUCUCACCAUGUCCGAAUCACGAAUUCGAUAAUCGGUUCUGGCGAUGAUUGUAUCUCCAUUGGCGAUUACACAUCCAACGUUGAUAUUUCUAACAUCACAUGUGGACCGGGCCAUGGUAUAAGUAUUGGAAGCUUGGGAAAACAAGGGAACUCCGUAGAAGUCAGCAAUAUUCGUGUUAUCAAUUCAUUCUUCACGGGCACAACAAAUGGAGCUAGGAUCAAGACAUGGCAGGUUGGAAAAGGAUAUGUUCGGCAUGUCAUUUUUGAAAACCUGCGAUUUAACAACGUAAAGAAUCCUAUCAUCAUUGAUCAGAAUUAUUGCGAUCAUGCAGGUGCUUGCCCAGAACUGGUAAAUACAAAAAUCUCCUUAAAAGAGUUCUACUUUGCACAGUUUGAUCUCUGCGUUUAUCUCAUUCUGAUUUUGCUCAACUCAUUUGUAUUUACUAAGGAUAAUUCUGGAGUCAAAAUAAGCGACGUGGCCUAUAGGACUAUGUCAGGAACAUCGAACACCCGAAUUGCCAUAAAUUUGAACUGCAGCCGCUUUGUCCAUUGCACCGGGAUUUCAAUGCAAAGUAUACGACUGACAUCCGCCACGGCUGGAGAGCAAGUAGUAGCUAGUUGCAACAACGCUCGUGGGCGAGAGACAGAUGUGGUACCUGCCCAUUGUCUACAAGAGACAUCAUCUAUUCGCCCUAGACCAAAAUAG